UGUUGCUGUCCAUAUCACCGGUACUGUUGUAAUAUGAAGUAACCUGUCAAUGUUAUUUACAUUCUCCGGAAAGUCACGAUAUUGCAAGAUCCCUAACGUAUACCUUGACUACAAAGACAAACAUAGAAGAGCUGCUGUCAUGAACAGAUGAUAGAAAAAACAUGGAUCAGACAACCUCAGCAAGGGCCUCUUCUCGAGCCCACAAAAGGAAGUCAAAUGAAGAGGAAGAUGAAGAUGGUGGAAGUUUCCGAAAACAAAUUCGAAAGUGUGAGCGUGCUGGAUGUCCUAGCAAAGCCCCUAUAUGUUUUGCAGGUUCUUCUGAAAAGUGUGCAGGUAAUGGAUACACAUCUCGCUGGUAUCAUGUGUCUGCUGGUGAACAUUUUUGUAAUGAGUGUUUUGAACAUUUUUACAGAAGUCACAAGAGUGGGUACGAGACUUACGCCACAUGGAAACGUGUCUGGUGUAAAUAUGGACGUGGUGAUUCCAAUAUUCACAUCUUCAUGUGCGACCAGAUUUUACCUUACUGGGUACAAUGUUCUAUCUGUGCUAAGUGGAGACAACUUUCAAGAGAUGCAACUCUGCUACCAGAUUUUCUCCGCAACUAUGUGUGUGGAAUGACAGCCUCAGGUAUAAAGAAGAUGUGCCAAGAAGAUGCAUGCAGUUACCCAGAAGAUCAGCGGGUUGAACUGACGCGAGACGUUACUUGGGUUACUUUGGUUCGCUGUCUAUCCUACAUGAAGAGCUCCCCAGCCUGGCCUUUCCUUACCUCUUACAUACCAAAUGGAGUUGGUAUGAGUCCCACUGACACUGAAGUCUUCCAGGAAACCAAGCCGCCUGUGAUGCUGCCCUAUUUGAAUCCCUUCACUGAUGCUGAAAGCACAACAGACAUGGCUUGUCGAGUUCCAGCUGAUACGUUAGAGGAAUCAGAACUAGAUGAAUUUGUAGAAUUCUCUCAAACUCCCACCAUCUUCUUAGCCAUCAGAAACAUUUGUGUUACACUUUGGAAUUUAAAUAUAAAAGAAUGGCUGACAAAAGAGAAAGCUGCCCCGUAUGUGAUAUGUCGCGGUGUAAAUAGAAUUUAUUGUGUAGAAAAUCUCAACAAAAUCUUGUGGUUUCUAACAAGAAAAGGACUUAUUAACUUCGGUCUAGUCUCCGUGCCAACGGGAGUUCAAUUACCUUGUAUGCAAACCUUACCUAAGAACUCAUCUGUGAUAAUUAUUGGAGCUGGGGCAGCUGGCCUGUCUGCUGCUCGCCAACUCAGAAACUUCGGAAUCAAAGUGACAGUAUUAGAGGCCCGGGACCGAUUGGGUGGUCGCAUAUGUGACGAUCACACAUUAGGAAGCUGUGUAGGUCGAGGAGCUCAGGUGGUUGCUGGUUGUAUCUGUAAUCCAAUCACAGUCAUGUGUCAUCAGGCUGGCCUAGGUAUGAAGGAAAUAGGGGAUGGUUGUGACAUUAUAAGUGAGGCUGGACAAACAAUAGCAAAUGAAAUUGACCGAAGGAUGGACUUUCAUUUUAAUGCACUCCUGGACAUAAUUGCAGAAUGGCGGAGAAACAAGGAGACUGACCAGGAUAUUAAUCUAUUAGACAAAGUCAAGGAGAUGCAUCAGCAGUUUAAAGAGGAAUCUCAGCUCACUUUUACACAGGAGGAGGAAAACUUGCUGAACUUCCACAUUGGGAACCUGGAGUAUGCUUGUGGGUCAAGUUUGCAGCAUGUAUCAGCUCUCAGCUGGGAUCAGAAUGAAGACUAUCCACAGUUUUCUGGACCCAAUCUUUUACUCACUCAGGGAUACUCAGCACUGUUACACAAACUGGCUGAUGGUUCAGAGAUUGUUUAUGAUACAGUGGUAUCUGAGGUAGACUACAGCAAUAAAAAGGUUUCUGUCCGGUCCAAAUCGGGGAGAAUUUGGGAGGCAGACAAGGUGCUGGUGACGAUACCACUGGCCCUUCUGAAGGACGAAACCUUAGUAUUCAAUCCAAAGCUCUCAGGCAAGAAAAAACAAGCAGUUGAUGACCUCGGCAUUGGAUAUGUAGAGAAAGUCAUUCUGCAAUUCAACCGGAAGUUUUGGAAAGAUCAUGGAUCUGAUGUAUUUGGUCAUGUGACACUUAGAUCUUCUAGUGCGGGGAUGUUCAAUGUAUUUUAUGAUAUAUCACGCUCUGAUGAAAAUUGUGGACGUUUCAUCCUGACAACACACAUCUCCGGUGACUCAGUUUGUCACUUGCGGGAGAAAUCAGACAAAGAUGUGGUGGCCAUGUGUAUGUCAACACUGAGAACCAUGUUCCCUACUGAGGAAGUACCUGACCCAAUUAAGUUUAUAGUGACCCAUUGGCAUGCUGAUCCAUUUUCCAAAAUGGCUUACAGCUUCAUACCGACAGGAAGUAGUGGGGAUGAUUACGAUUUGCUGGCACAGGAAGUCAUGGAUAAGGUCUAUUUUGCAGGGGAGGCCACAAACAGAAAAUAUCCUCAAUCCGUGACGGGAGCAUUUCUCAGUGGUAUUCGCGAGGCUGAGAAGAUCUACAACUCACUGACCACUGUAAAUUCAUGAUGGAGCUGCCACUGACAAGUUUAUCCUACAGAGGAAGUAUCAGUAAUUAGUGAGAGGAACAUUUCUCAGUGGUAUUGGUCAGACUGAGAAGCUCUACAACUCACUGGCCACUGUAAAUAUGCGAUGUAUCAUGUCUGUAGUUAGUGACAGGAGUAUUCCUCAGCAAUAUCCACGAGGCAAAGAAAAUCUACAGGUCUUCUGCCACUGUAAACAUCUGAUGUACCUACUACAGACUCUCUCUGGAGGUGCAAAGUAUUGAUCUAUCCAUUGAUCCGCUUAUCCGACAGUAUACUUUGGGUAUAUAUUACUCCAUUAAAUAUGAACCAGUUUAUACAGAUUAGACCCACAAAUAUAUUUAAUGAUGAAUCAAUGAUUGACAUGAAUGUAUGUUAUCUCUGUAUAAUUGACAUGAAUGAAUGUUAUCUCUGUAUAAUUGACAUGAGUGAAUGUUAUCUCUGUAUAAUUGACAUGAAUGUUAUCUCUGUAUAAUUGACAUGAAUGUUAUCUCUGUAUAAUUGACAUGAAUUAAUGUUAUCUCUGUAUAAUUGACAUGAAUGUAUGUUAUCUCUGUAUAAUUGACAUGAAUGUUAUCUCUGUAUAAUUGACAUGAAUGAAUGUUAUCUGUGUAUAAUUGACAUGAAUGAAUGUUAUCUCUAUAAUUGACAUGAGUGAAUGUUAUCUCUGUAUAAUUGACAUGUAUGUUAUCUCUGUAUAAUUGACAUGAGUGAAUGUUAUCUCUGUAUAAUUGACAUGAAUUAAUGUUAUCUCUGUAUAAUUGACAUGAAUGUUAUCUCUGUAUAAUUGACAUGAAUGAAAGUUAUCUCUGUAUAAUUGACAUGAAUGAAUGUUAUCUCUGUAUAAUUGACAUGAAUGAAUGUUAUCUCUGUAUAAUUGACAUGAAUGUUAUCUCUGUAUAAUUGACAUGAAUUAAUGUUAUCUCUGUAUA